CUCCGGUAAAUCAUUUUUUUCUCUUACUUUGCCUCCCCUCCUCUCUUUCUUUAUUUCUGGCUUGGCUCCGCCCUCCCCAUCAGAACGAAUAGGGCUUUUCUCCCAGACCCUGGCGGCCCCCAAAGUCAGCCAGUCCUUCUCUGACCUCCCCUCGUCAGGUUCCCGGCUACUCCUCUCAUCCUACCCUUCUUGGACAGCUGAAAUCAGAAAGGAAGCGGCAGGACGGGUGUAGGGGACCCUUACUGCAAUUUUCUGCAGUGUCAUCUCAUAUUAAAAAGUGGUAUCUUUUAGAGACAAAAGAAAAGAAAGGACAAAAUCAUCACAACCAAUCAAUACAUUGAAAAAAUCAGAAAAUAUGUGUGGUGUGUGACAUCAAUGGACUUCCCACCUCUACAAAAGUUACUUUACUUCCUGAAAAUGAUGUUUGAUGUAGAAAUCACUUCCAAAAAGGUGAUCAUUUCUCUUUUAGUUUUGGUAAUAGUUUUUGCUUUUAUAAAAGCACUGGGAAACACGAACAAAAAGCAGAUGUCUCCUCCAGGCCCAUGGCCAUUCCCCAUAAUAGGGAAUCUUCUUCAACUUGGAGAUCAUCCUUAUCUCACGUUUAUGGAGAUGAGGAAGAAAUAUGGCGAUGUAUUUCUUAUCAAACUGGGAAUGGUCCCUGUGGUUGUGGUGAAUGGUGAAGAAAUGGUGAAGAAAGGCUUACUCAAAGAGGGAGAGAAUUUUGCUGGCAGACCCCACAUGCACACAUUUUCUUUCUUUGCUGAGGGCAAAAGUCUUUCAUUUUCAGUGAACUAUGGAGAGAGUUGGAAGCUCCAUAAGAAAAUUGCCAUAAAUGCCUUAAGAUCCUUUUCCAAAGCAGAAGCAAAAUCCUCUACCUGCUCUUGUAUCCUAGAGGAACAUGUCACUGAAGAAGCUUCUCAAUUAGUAAAAGUCUUCACAAAACUGUCAUUGAAGCAAGGCAGCUUUGACCCUAAAAGUCCCAUUACUUGUGCUGUUGCUAAUGUUGUCUGUGCCUUAUGCUUUGGCAAGAGGUAUGACCACUUUGAUGAGGAAUUUCUCAGAGUGAUUAGAACAAAUGAAGAAUUCCUGAAAGCCUCCAGCGCAGCUAACCCAGCUGAUUUCAUCCCAUGCUUUCGCUACCUCCCACUGCGUAUUAUAAAUGCUCCUCGUGAGUUUUAUCAUCAACUAAAUUGUUUUAUUGGACAGCAUGUACAAGAUCAUAUUACCACAUAUGAUAAGAAUCAUCUCAGAGAUAUCACUGAUGCUCUGGUUAGUAUAUGUCAUGAGAAACGUGCCGCAAUGAAGACUGCUACCUUAAGUGACAAUGAGAUCAUGAGUACUGUGAGUGACAUCUUCGGAGCUGGGUUUGAAACAGUAUCAGCAUUUCUAAAUUGGAGCUUUCUCUACUUGAUUUACUACCCAGAAGUACAAGCAAAAAUCCAUGAAGAAAUUGAUGGAAAUAUUGGCCUCAAACCACCCAGAUUUGAAGAUAGAAAGAAUUUACCCUACACAGAAGCUUUUAUAAAUGAAAUCUUCAGGCAUAGCACAUUUGUUCCAUUUACUGUCCCUCACUGUGCUACCACAGAUACUACUCUCAGUGGAUAUUUCAUUCCUCGGAAAACUUGUGUGUUUUUUAAUAUGUAUCAAGUAAACCAUGAUGAAACUCUUUGGGAGAAUCCUGACUCAUUCCAACCUGAGAGAUUUCUAAAUGAAAGCGGCAAGCUGAAUAAAAGUCUGGUUGAGAAAGUUUUGAUUUUUGGAAUGGGCAUUAGGAAGUGCUUGGGAGAAGAUGUUGCUCGAAAUGAGGUUUUUGUUUUUAUUGCCAGUAUCUUGCAGCAGCUAGAGUUGAAAAAAUGUCCAGGAGCCCAGCUAGAUUUGACCCCUGUAUAUGGAUUAGUUAUGAAGACCAAACCUUAUCAACUCACAGUAGAGCCCCGCUUCCUGGUGAAUUCUUCAACUUAGUUUCUCAACUGGAUUAAAAGAAUCUGUAAUAUAUUGCAAGGAUAUAAUAUACCUAAGUAAUUUGAAGAUGAGAUAAUUUAAUCUGUGAGCUUUGCUCUCAGUUUCAUUUAGGGUUCAUUAUCUCUUUGUGGGAGAUCCAAAAGCAUAAGGUGUAGUCCCUUCAAGAAGCUCAAUAAGGAAAUAAGAUGUAGUUAUAUAAACCAGUUAUAGAACUGUGCAAAAAAAAAAAUCCUGAUCUCAUGCCCAGAUGUGUGAACUAAGUGAUAAAGAUUAAAGAAAAUUAGAAAAGAGAGAAAUCAUAAUAGACCAGAAUAAUCAAGUUUCAUGGACAAGGUGGGGACUUGAGCUAAGAUUUCAAUAGUAGACAUCAGACAAACAUAGAAUAUGGGAAGAGACUAUUUUUAGUUGGAGAAUGUCAUUAGAAAUCAUUGGAAAUAAUAGCUCACAGUGUUUUUGUGAGGAUCAAAUGAGAUAAUAUGUGUAAAACACCUUGAAAUACUUAAAGAAUUGUUAUUUUUAUCAUCA